GGAUUUGGAUGAAGCCCCAGUUUGGGAGGAAAAAACUUUGGUGUCGUAGGAUGAAGGUGAUAAAGCAGAAAUUGUGCAGGAAUAAGCAUCAAGAGAUGAACCUAAAGCAGGCUCAGGUGGAUGGAAACGCAGAGGGAUCUCAACAAGUGUGCUUGCCUGUGCAGCUGGGGCAAGGAGGAGAUACCUUCCCAGAGGAACAGCCCCAGGCUCAGGCCUACAGCUGUCAGCCCUGUGGGGACAAUAUGUAUAUGCAGCUGCAGAGGCAGACAGGGCAAAGAGAAGGCGUGGCACCAAAUAUACAACCACAGCAUGUGGACCAUGGUAGGGAAGCCACAGAGGUGACUGUGCAGGUGCGGCCCCAGAAGCAGAGCCGCAGAUGGGAGGCUCCAGAGGUGACUGUACAGGUGCGGCCUCAGAAGCAGAGUCAUGGGUGGGAGGCUCCAGAGGUGACUGUGCAGCUGCAGUUAGAGCAGCAGAGCUGGGGUGCAGUGAUCCCACAGGUAACCGUGCAGGUGCAGCCGCAGGGACAAACAACUACAGGCCUCAAGGUUACUGUGCUCCUGCAAUUGGGCCAUGACCAGGAAGAUGUAACCCAUGUCCAGGAGCAGGGUGAAGAAAUACUAGGGAAUGGAGAGAAGCAGAUCCYAACACAAAAUCAAGGAGAAUCAGUGGCAAGAUCUGAAGGUGAGAGGGAAUCUGCUGUGGUGGGGCUGGUGUCACAAGAAGUUCAAUGCCAAGAGCAGAAACAGGUAGAAGCAGUAAUAAAACACCAAGAGUACCAUGAAGAGGAAACAGCAGAAAUAAGACAACUUCAGGAGUCUUUCAUCCAAAAAUCAACCCCUCUGUCAUCUAUGGUGAUAGAGGGGCAGCUGCAGCACAAGAGCCUGGAGCAAGAACUGAAAGUAGACUUGCCUCUUGAAAAAGAAGGUCAAAGAGCUGCAGAAAACAGGAAGGAGCAAGAUGAUGCCCAAGUCCCAGAAGGGGCAGAAGGUCUGCAAGACAAGCAGGAAGAUCUGGGGCAAGAAAUGCCCAAGAAACGCCUACGAGAURUACCAAAUUACUUUGUUUCUAUUCCAAUAACAGAUGAUCAGAUUCUCGACAGAAUUGAAGAUGUCCAAGAGCUCAUAUUCACUAAAGAACCUGACUUGUCGAGAGCCCUCCUUCCUGUGCAAACAAUGCACCUUACCAUAAUAGUAGCUCACCUGGGAACAGAAGARGAAGUGCAAAAGGCUAUUCUGGCAUUGAAGCAGAGCAAGACUAAAGUGGAAGCCAUCUUGCAGGGUAAAGACCUUAAUAUGACAUUUCAUGGGAUUGGACAGUUUAACAAUCAAGUGAUAUAUGUGAAAAUGGCAGAAGAAGACCAAAAUACACUCAGCAAAAUUGCAGAAGCUGUCGAAGAAUGCUUUCAUGAAAUGGAUCUUGACAUUUCAGGGAGYAAGGAUUUCAAACCACAUCUUACUUUUCUAAAGCUCUCCAAAGCACCAAGGUUGAAAAGAAGGGGUUUCAGAAAAAUUUGUUCGGAUCUAUAUAAAGAAUAUGAAGACUGUUACUUUGGCACAGAGGUCUUCAGUCAAAUUGAUCUCUGCGCUAUGCGUAAGAAGAAACAAGAAUCUGGUUAUUAUCACUGUGAGUGUUCAAUUUAUGUGGGUUCUAGAGUUGCAAAAGAGAGUCAAGAGCAAGAAAUCCAAGUGGAAGAUACUGGAGAAACAGCCAAUGAAGACUCUACAAAUAACGCUACAGAGGCCAACAAGGGAACUAGURCUGCAAGCUGUAACCUUGCCUCGUGUUUAGUAGCAGCUGCUUAUAAACCACCUGAAAAUAUUGUUAAGGUUUCACUUGAAAGUAAAGAGAAAGAAAUCAAUGAGCUAAAGUGCAAAGUUAUGGCAGAAGAGGGGUAAGAAUCUCUAGUGMACCAUUUUUAUAGAAUUCCUUGAAGUGUGAAUGAGGCACAGCAGCCACUUUCUAAACUGGAGCAAUGUUGUCAUCGUGGAUCCAUGCAUGAAUUGGUAAAGGAACAKGAUAAAAUGGAACUUUAACCAUCUCUGUCAAGAAGAGAUUAUGUUUUCUUUAGCACUGCUCAGAAUUAAGUUCUUUGCAUAUUGUCCAGUGAAAUUGUCAAGGUCACUGCGAUCUCACAAGCAAAGCCUACCUUACCUGCUGUAUAGAAAAUAUUUCCUACAUGAUCUURAG